CCACGUAGUGUGAGGCGGCGGCGGCGGCGCUCGGAGGGUGUGGACGUCCGCGGCGGUAGAUAACGUUACGAGGCCACAAACUCCGGCUCUUUCUCCACGCUCCCCCGCAGCAGGCCCGCAAACAACAGGGUUGAGUGCCAUUCCGUCCCAGACGAGGGACCGAUGCUGGCCAGGACUCGCCGGAUCCCUGUGGGUCGCCUCUCCGUUCUCUCAUACGUUAGCUCUGCAUUAGCUCCCAGGAGUGCGCCUUGAGGAAGAAUCAGCACUCCAGCCGAAAUGGACGACAUCUUCACGCAGUGCCGGGAAGGCAACGCCGUGGCCGUGCGCCUGUGGCUGGACAACACGGAGAACGACCUCAAUCAAGGGGACGACCAUGGCUUCAGCCCGCUGCACUGGGCUUGCCGGGAGGGCCGCUCCAGCGUGGUGGACAUGCUCAUCAUGAGAGGAGCUCGCAUCAACGUCAUGAACCGGGGAGACGACACGCCUCUGCAUCUGGCCGCCAGCCACGGGCACCGGGAAAUCGUGGGAAAGCUGAUCCAGUGCAAAGCAGACACCAACGCAGCCAAUGAGCACGGGAACACGCCUCUGCAUUACGCCUGCUUCUGGGGCCAGGACCAAGUGGCUGAGGAUCUCGUGACGAACGGGGCUCAGGUGAGCAUCUGUAACAAAUACGGGGAGACUCCGCUGGACAAAGCCAAACCUCAUCUCCGGGAAUUCCUCAGAGAAAAAGCUGAGAAACUGGGACAGAACCUGGCUAAAAUUCCCUUCAAGGACACAUUUUGGAAAGGCACCACCAGAACCCGACCUCGUAACGGAACGUUGAACAAACACGCAGGAAUCGACUACAAACAGCUUUCCCUUCUUGCUAAGAUAAAUGAAAACCAGUCAGGAGAGCUUUGGCAGGGUCGUUGGCAAGGGAACGAAAUAGUUGUGAAGGUGUUAAAAGUCCGUGACUGGACCACAAGGAAAAGCAGAGACUUCAAUGAGGAGUAUCCCAAACUCAGGAUAUUUUCCCACCCGAAUGUCCUGCCCAUGUUGGGAGCAUGUCAGUCUCCUCCCUCCCGUCACCCCAUCAUCAUCACACACUGGAUGCCUUAUGGCUCCCUCUACAACGUGCUGCAUGAAGGCACCAACUUUGUGGUGGACCAGACGCAGGCAGUCAAGUUCGCUCUAGACAUUGCCUGUGGAAUGGCCUUCUUACACACACUGGAACCGAUGAUCCCCCGCCACUAUUUGAACAGCAAGAGUGUAAUGAUCGAUGAGGACAUGACGGCGAGGAUCAGCAUGGCAGACGUCAAGUUCUCCUUCCAGUGUCCUGGGAGGAUGUACUCGCCUGCGUGGGUAGCGCCGGAGGCCCUCCAGAAGAAGCCAGAGGAGAUCAACCGUCGCUCCGCAGACAUGUGGAGCUUUGCCAUCCUGCUGUGGGAGCUGGUGACCAGAGAGGUGCCGUUUGCAGACCUUUCCAACAUGGAGAUCGGCAUGAAGAUCGCCCUGGAGGGUCUGAGGCCCACUAUCCCCCCUGGCAUCUCACCCCAUAUUUGCAAACUCAUGAAGAUCUGCAUGAACGAAGACCCGGCCAAAAGGCCCAAGUUUGACAUGAUUGUGCCAAUUCUAGAAAAAAUGCAGGACAAGUGAAAAAAACAAAAAAAAUCCACAAAAAAACCCAACAACCACCUUCUGCUCUUUUAUUUUUUCUAUUGAACUGAUGAAUGCCUGGAUAUUUUGCCCCAAAUAGGACUCUGAUAUGGUGGUGUGGUGCUUACCAGUAUUGCCUUAAACUCUUCACUGUACCGCCGCAUUAAACGCCACUGUAACGUCUGCUUCUGAGAUCAGAGUCCAGCAGCAGUCUUUCUUUUUUUUUUACGGUUUUCUCCAUGUGAUAUCAUGUCUUUGUUACGGUCUGUUGCUGUGUGCGCUGCUCAUCUGCUGGAGCUGAGUCUUGACUCCUCACCUUCUGAGCUGUAAUCAUGUGGACGAGGUACAAAACAAACAGCAUGACAGUCUGCUGCCUUCUUUCAGGGCGCCAAGACUUAUUUCAGCGGGCUCAUCAGUUCAAAUCACUCUUUGACAUUUGACGAAGCUUGUCAUGCAAAAAAAAAAACACACACAGCUUGUUUGUUGAAGCAACAAACUCUUGGCAACUGGAUAAGCAUGA